AUGGCAUUUGAAAACAAUUUAACUAAGAGUGAUAUUGUGACCUCUGCUUCAGGUGUUAUUUCUCUGUUAAACGAAGAAGAAGCAAGUUUAAAAAUUUUUGGUUUAGAAAAAUUGAAUUCCAUUGUUGAUAUAUAUUGGCCAGAAUUAGCAGAUUAUAUUUUCAAAAUAGAAGAAUUAUGUGAAGAUAAUAAUUUUAUUGGAAAAGAGUUGGCAAAUUUAGUUGCUAGUAAGGUUUAUUUUCACUUAGAAAAAUAUUCAGAGGCAUUGAAAUAUGCAUUGUGUGCAGGAAAAUUGUUUAAUAUAAAUGAAAAAUCUCAAUAUGUAGAAACAAUGUUAGCAAAAUGUAUUGAAAAAUACGUAGAAAUAAGAGAAAUGAAUUAUGAGAACAGCAAUAAUAAUAAUAUAGAUUCCGAUAAUACUUAUAAUAAAAAUGACUUAAAUUUAUACAAUAAUGAUAAUAACAAUAUAAAAAAUGAUUCAGAUAUUUUUAAAGGUGAUUUAAAUAAUGAAAUUAAUAAAAAAAUGGAAUCACUUGUUGAUGAAAUGUUAGAAGUAUGCAUAAGAAAUAAUAGCAUUAAAGAAGCAUUAGGAGUUGCCUUAGAUGCAAGACGUUUAGAUAAAGUAGAAUAUAUAAUUUUAAAUGCGCCAAAUAAAAUAGAAAUAUUGCAACAUUCUAUAGCCAAUGAAAAACAUAUAAACACUACAAAAAAAUUUCGAAAAGAUUUUUUUAAAUUAUUAGUAAAAAUAUAUCUUUCUUUAAGCGAAGAAGAAUUGAAAAAUGAAUAUAUUAAUCUAUGUGAAUGCUUAUUUUAUAUAAAUGAUUAUAAAAAGGUUGCAGAAAUUUUAUUAAAUUUAUUAGAUAACUACCAUCUAAUGGCAUAUCAAAUAUCCUUUGAUUUGGUAGACUUUGAAAAUAAAACUUUUUUGAAAAAUAUUUUAAGGAGAAUAAAAGAGAUAUUAAAGCAAAACAAGAGUUUCUAUUGCGGAGAUAAAAAUGAUUCCAGUUCACUAAAUGAAACAAAAAAUAAAAUUAAUUAUAAUGCAUCUACUGAAGAAAAAAAUGAUAUUAUAAGCAACCCUGAGGAUAAAAAUGCAAACGACGAUAAUAGUGCAAUUGAAGUGAAAAAUGAGAAAAAUGAUACAAUAUCAAACAAUGCAAACAAUGAAGAAAAUGAAAACAGGGGAAAUUUAACAGAAGAAAAAACAUUAGAGGAAUCAGAUAAAAGAACUUCAGAAAAUAAUAAUAUGUUAAGAAAACAAGAAAAAAAUAAAAUAAGUGAUGAUAUAAUGAAGCAUGUAAGUGAAAACCAUAAAUUAUAUGAUAAAAUUAAAAAACUAGUAUAUAUCUUAACUGGGAAAGUAACUGUAAAUUUAUAUAUCGAAUUUUUACAUCGAAAUAAUCAUGCUGAUUUGAUUUUGUUAGAUACUUACAAAAGUGUAGUGGAUUCAAGAAGUAGUAUAACACACCAUGGAAUAGUAAUAGCACAUGCAUUAAUGCAAACAGGAACAACUUGUGAUGUUUUUUUGCGUUCAAAUAUUGAGUGGUUAUCAAAAGCAAUUAAUUGGGCAAAAUUUUCAGCAACUGCUUCUUUAGGUGUUGUUUAUAAAGGGCACGUAAAUGAAUCUUUUAUUGUUUUAUCUACGCAUUUGCCAUACAAUGAUAUAUCAAGGGAAAUAACAAAUCACUUAAAUGUAGGUCUUGCCCCAAGUGGUGUAUAUUCAGAGGGUGGUUCAUUGUAUGCUCUUGGAUUAAUACAUGCUAAUUAUAAUACAAAUGACAAAAAAGUAAGAAACUAUUUAUUGUCUCAAUUAAAAUUAAAUGUCAAUGAUGAAGUAUUACAACAUGGUUGUUGUCUAGGCCUAGGUUUAGUAUGUUUAGGAGAUAACGAUGAUGAACAAGUAUAUGAUGAGUUAAAAGCAGUUAUGUAUUCCGAUUCGGCAGUAGCAGGAGAAAGUGCUGCUUACGCAAUUGGUUUAUUAAAGUUAGGAAGUGGAGAUGAAAAAUGCGUUGACGAAUUACUGGCAUACGCUCAUGAUACACAACAUGAAAAAAUAACAAGGGCAUGCAGUAUAAGCUUAGGAUUUGUAAUGUUUCAAAAAGAAAAAGAAGCAGAUAUGUUAAUUGAAGAAUUAAUAAAUGACAAAGAUGCUAUCAUAAGAUAUGGAGGUAUGUUUACUAUUGCAUUAGCUUAUUGUGGCUUAUCUAAUUAUAAUAAGCAUAUAAUAAAAAAAUUAUUGCAUUUUUCUGUAUCUGAUGUAAGCGAUGAUGUUAGAAGAGCUGCUGUUAUAGCAUUAGGUUUUGUUUUAUGUAAUACACCUACACAAGUACCCAAAUUUUUAAAUUUAUUGAUUGAGAGUUAUAAUCCCCAUGUACGUUAUGGUGCAGCAUUAGCUUUAGGUAUUGCUUGUUCAGCAUCAGGGAACGAAGAAGCAGUAAAUAUGUUAAUGCCAUUAUUAACAGAUACUACCGAUUUUGUUAGGCAGAGUGCCUUUAUAUCUUUAGGAUUAAUUUUUCAACAAUCAAAUGAACAUGUUAAUCCUAAUUUUAAAAAAUAUAAAGAUGACAUUAUGAAAAUUUUAUCAGACAAACAUGAGGAUAUUAUUGCAAAAUUUGGAGCUAUAGUAAGUGCUGGUUUAUUAGAUAUAUGUGGUAGAAAUGCUAUUUCAACUUUUUUUACAAGAAGAGGAAAUAUUAUUAGACCUCAGGCAGCUGUCGGUUUUUGCUUAUUUAGCCAAUUAUGGUAUUGGUUUCCUCUAAUUCAUAUGAUAAGCUUAACUUUUUUGCCCACGUGUCUAAUUGCAUUAACAGAAGAUUUGAAAGUUCCUAAAAAUUUUAGUGUUAUAUCAACUUGUAAGAAUCAUAAUUUUGAUUACCCAUCUUUUUUAAGUAAAGAAAAAACUCAAGAAAAAAAAGAAACAGUUACAGCAGUUUUAUCAACUACUGUUAAGAGAAAAACGCUUAAAUUAAAAAAGCAAAAAAAUGAUAAAUUAACAAAAGAAAAAACAACACAAGAUGAUAAUAGUUCUGUUCUAUCAGAUGGAAAAUCUAUGAAAAAUUUAGAAAUUUUAAGUACAGCUGCUACAGUAGGUCAAUCAAGUCACGUUUCUCAUGCAGGAAGUAUUGAAGGUAGUGCAAAUGGCGAAAAUACGAAUGAUCAGGGAAAUGAUGGAAAUAAUAUUUCAAAUUUGCAAAAAAAUAAAAGAAGUGAUACUAAAAACAAAAAUAUAAACAACAUUUCUUCUAAUAAUAAUACAGUUGAUAUGAAAAACCCAUGCAGAGUAAUCAAAAUGCAAGAGAAAUAUAUUGAAUAUUUAACCAACAGUAGAUAUAAACCAGUUCUUCCUACAAGAAAAUCAGGUUUUAUUAUGCUGAUAGACACAACGCCAACAGAACCAUCUGAAUAUAUUGAAGCAAGUAUCGAAGAUAGUACAAAAAAAGAAGCACCACCAUUUGAACCGUUUGCAUGGAAAGAAGAAAAUUAA